UUACUCUUCAACGGCGACAGUUCUCAAAUCUAUAUUUACAUCAUUUCCUCUACAGUGUAAUUAAACUACUCUUAUUGGAUGAUUUUGGUGUACGAAUUGCACUCCCGCCGGGCCUUCUUCCUUUCAAUUCAUCUACGCCAUGGACGUCCUGAUCUGCCAACCACGCAUUGCUCAGGAAACAUUAACCCUGCCGUACGCCGAGGCUGAUGACAGCCUCCGCGCCCUUGCCGGUCGAGCCGAGGGCUUUGGUCGGUUUGCUAUAGGAGGACUAAAUGGAGACCUUUAUCUUGUCACCAGCUUAGAAGAUGAUGGUUGUGGUUCACUUCGAGAAGGAUGCCGUUCCCAUAAGCCUCUGUGGAUCGUUUUUGAGGUAUCGGGAACUAUUCACCUGUCUUCCUUCUUGAGAGUAUCAUCCUACAAAACCAUUGACGGAAGGGGUCAGAAGGUUAAGGUGACAGGGAAGGGGCUGCAGUUGAAAGCCUGUGAGCAUGUCAUCGUUUGCAAUUUGGAAUUCGAAGGUGGAAGGGGGCACGAUGUCGAUGCCAUUCAGAUCAAGCCCGAGUCAAGGCACAUCUGGAUCGACCGUUGCAGUUUUCGCGAUUACACUGAUGGACUCAUCGACAUUACUUGCGAAAGCACAGACAUAACCAUCUCAAGAUGCCACUUCUCAGAGCACAACAAAACGAUUCUAAUUGGGGGAAACAGCUGCAACAUCGCCGACAGGUGCAUCGGCGUGACGAUCCAUCACUGCUUCUUUGACGGAACGCGGCAGCGGCAUCCUCGUGUUCGAUUCGGCAAGGUUCACCUAUACAACAAUUACACAAGAAAUUGGGGCAUAUACGCUGUCUGUGCCAGUGUAGAGUCACAGAUUCUAUCUCAGUGCAAUAUAUACGAAGCAGGGGAAAAGAAGACGGUCUUCAAAUAUCUGACAGAGAAGGCAGGAGAUAAGGAAGAAGGGGCUAGUGGGCGUGUAAGGUCCGUGUGCGAUCUGUUUCUUAAUGGCGCAAAACCUUGUUUGAUAGUAGUAGAUGACGGUGCUGAUAACGUGUUCGAGGCACAUGAAUGCUAUGAAGCAUGGACAAUGGAAGCUGCAUCAGAUUGCCUCAAAGAAGUUGUCCAGAUUUGUGCAGGUUGGCAGCCCCUGCCAAGGCCACAAGAUAGCUUAAUCAGUGCAAAAACUUCUUGCUGUUGGCAAAAGGACACGGCCAGCUCGCUGAGUUGAUGACUCAUCCCACUCGUAAGCUCUCGUUUCCAGAUUAAGGUCACAUGGCGGACACUUUCAGC